AGGUGAAAACAUGGUUUCAAAAUCGAAGGAUGAAACAUAAAAAACAAAUGAGAAAACUUCACGACGGCGGGCAGAGGAGCCUUCAGAAUAAGACGAUGUCACCAGAAGAUGACGACCACGUUCCCAAAAACGGUGAAGGGAAGGUUAGCUUAAAUCCAUCAAGAGCGAUGGACUUUUCAUUGAGCGGGAGUUGCCUAAUCCCAAUUGGCCACAGCUACGAAGCAUCCACCGACGACUCUGACCAAGACAUCGAUAUCGUGGGAGACCAACGCCCACCAAAGCAAUGGCCAUAAUUCACCAAUCAAUUCUCC